UCUUCCACCCUUCCUUUUUUUUUCCCCUCUCUGUCUGUCUCUCUCUCUCUCUCUCCGUUCCCGGAGCGGAAAUUUUUUUUUCGCGUGUUGAACAUGGUUUCGCACGGCCUCGCGAUGAACUUCAGCCCGUGAGAGGCGGAGAGAGAGAGAGAGAGAGAGAGAGAGACAGGCGGAGGGAGGAAGGAAGGCGCGGCCGGCAGUGUCGGCGUUCAAAAUGGCGGUGGUUAUCCCCCAGCCGCGCUGAGGAAGGGACUUUCAGGCCUCAAACCCCCUGCGUUCUUUUUCUUCUUCGCUCCUUGAGCCAAAGCUGACAGAACUCCAGCUUCUACUAUAGUGCUGCAAUGGAUAAUUGAGGUCAACAGCUCCAGUUAAAAAAAAAGAAGCCAACGUCCUCCACCAAAUUUGCCGGGUACGUCCUAUCAUACCAGCAGAACAGAACCAUCUGAGUGGUAAAAUAGCGUAUAGUCCAGUGGAAGUGAGCUGUCAGAAUUCUUAACAAUGAAUUCCAUCUACAUGAAGUCUCAUGGUAUCAAAUCGAAUAAGGAGAAAGAUACCUGAUUGCCAGCAACUGACCUACUUCAGAUGAUGAAAAACAAUCCUCCAUCUGUUUACUACUUGAAAGAGAUUGGAAGGUGACAACAGCACAGAGUGCCAUCUUGGGGAUUUCACUUUCCAUCAGGAGUGGUUCAGUACUAAGUUGGCUGAGUCAUGGGGACAUAUGUGCCAGACUUGGUCUGUGAUGUGGUGAGACAAACCUCCACAAGACGAAUGACCUAGGAGUUGCAUCUGUUCGUGACAUUUUGUGGAGACCAAUCUUCACUGGCUGGAUGAGGGAUUGAAGGUUGCUGAAAAGUGCCUUUUCUGAAGAUUCUGCUGCUUGGAUUUCUGUCUCUGGCUUUUUUUUUUCCUUUUUGGCUUUGCUUAAAGCAGCUCUUGGAGACGACAAAUCAUCUAUCCUUUUCGUUUUGCCGAACGCCUAAUUUUUUUUUUUCUCCCAGUUGUUUUUAACGUCUAACAGCAAGUAUUUUACCCCACUCCUUUUUUUUAUUCUCUUCACUCCAUCUUCAUCUUCCACUGUCUUAUGAUCAGUUAAUGCACGAUCUUGGGAAUAGGAGAAAGACCGAGAUCUUCACCUCCCUCUCCCCAAGAGAAGUGAAGCUUAACUGUAAAGCGAAGCACCGACAGCAACAUAUGCUACGAGAAAAUUAAUCAAAACCAGUUACUGGAGAGCACGGAAUUCCAUUGACAGGCUGCUGUUACCUUCGAAUAACUUCUUCACUUGGCACAAAAAGCGGUUAUUUUUCUGCCAACGCACAUCUAAAGGGGCUAACCCGUUAAUUGAUGCCCGCCCAUUUGUGUGAUGAAUUAUUUUUAAUUUAAGAUUGGCUCUUUGACUGAUGUCAUGUUUCUGCACAACGAUCUGACUAACUGAAAACCUAAGUGCUGAGAAGAAAAGAAAUAUAUUUUUUAACCAAAGGAACGACUUUAUUUGUUAAGUUAUAAUUUUAACUUACUUUUAUACACUUUUUUCUAAAACUGUUACUGUUCUGGGGGUUGGGACAGAAAAAAUUAAAGUGAGGGGGAUUUGGUUACCCACAUAUCCUUUCAGUUUCCUAAUAUGGCUGUGAAUGUUUCAAUGAUCCGUGACACAAAAUGGCUGACGUUAGAAGUGUGUCGAGAAUUCCAGAGAGGGACUUGUUCUCGGUCUGACGCGGAAUGCAAGUUUGCCCAUCCUUCGCGAAGCUGCCAUGUUGAAAACGGUCGUGUCAUUGCCUGCUUUGAUUCACUGAAGGGGCGUUGCACUCGGGAAAACUGCAAAUAUCUCCAUCCGCCCCCACACUUGAAAACACAGCUGGAGAUCAAUGGACGGAACAACCUGAUCCAGCAGAAGACUGCUGCAGCCAUGCUUGCACAACAAAUGCAGUUCAUGCUGCCAGGCACGCAGCUGCAGCCAAUGACUACAUUUCCUGUAACUCCAUCUUUAGCAACAAAUCAUACAAUGGGUCUUAAUCCCUAUCUGAGUCACAUGACCCAUGGGAUGGGACUGGUUCCGACAGAACUCCUGCCAAACACGCCAGUCCUGGUGUCAGGGAAUCCCACAGUUACAGUCCAAGGAAACACAGCGUCACAGAAACUAAUGCGGACAGAUAAAUUGGAGGUUUGCAGGGAGUUUCAGCGUGGAAAUUGCACUCGGGGUGAAAACGAUUGCCGCUACGCACACCCACUUGAAAUGGCAAUGAUUGAUUCAAAUGAAAAUACGGUCACAGUUUGCAUGGAUUAUAUCAAGGGCCGCUGCUCACGGGAAAAGUGCAAAUACUUCCACCCGCCCGCACAUCUGCAAGCCAAAAUAAAGGCCGCUCAGCACCAGGUGAAUCAGACUGCAGCCGCUGCCAUGGCUCUCCAGCCUGGUGCCCUCCAACCUUUACCAAAGAGGCCAGCACUUGAAAAAACCAAUGGUGCCACCACAGUGUUUAACCCCAGUGUUUUCCACUACCAACAGGCUCUAGCUAAUAUGCAGCUGCAACAGCCAACAUUCAUCCCAACAGGCUCAGUGUUGUGCAUGACUCCCACUGCAAGUGUUGUACCCAUGAUGCACGGCGCUACGCCCACCACUGUGUCCGCAACAACACCUGCUACCAACGCUCCCUUCGCAGCAACAGCAACAGCCAAUCAGAUGCCCAUUUUAUCAAUAGAUGAACUCAGUAGCAGCAUGUUUGUUACACAGAUGUAGAAGUUACGAAUAGAACAG